AUGAUGGCCUCGGGUCACCGUCUCGAGCAUCCUCAAACCACUCGACUACGCUUUCCUGGCAUACACGAACUCAGUGCUGAACAUCUCACUGUCUACAAUGUGUCGGAUACCAAAGUCUCACGCUGGGGCUGGUCCCGCGUGACGUUUCAAUCGUCCGACCUUGACUCCAUGCCGUGGCUCGGAUGGUUGUCUGCCUACACUUUCGCCCUCUUCUUCUUCUCCAUGAGCCGAUGUCUCGCGCUAACAGCUCUGAUCGGUAUGUACGGAAGCUCGAGUGACAACACCGUGAUCGUCAGGGUUUCGGUGCUGAGCCUCGGAUUUCUGGAAGACGUUGUCUGUGCCACCUAUUUUGCAACUGCACUGUGGCUCUUCGAUACUGUCCGACGUUUAUUGACCAAGCACCCUUGGACAACUCCAGUAAUGGCAAGCAGACGUGCUGGAGUCAUGACAACAUUCGUGGUCUCGUGGCUAUUGUGUAUCGUCACCAUAGCUCCACCUGUCGCGGACCUGAUGCUUGUCGUGUGUCGCCAUAUGAGAUUCACGCUUGGCUUGUCAGCGACUUUGAUUCGUGAGAGACACCAUCUCAAAGCUGCUCCGAUUUCUACUCGGGAAGUCUACGCAGCGUACGGGACUGCAGGAUUUCUCAUUGUCGUUGCUACCAUUUUUGCACUUGCGCGUGCGCUGAGUAGCUGGGCUGACCUAGCUGUAUGGAGUCCAACGCAUCUUGUGCGAGUCCCUGUGUGCUUCUUAGAGUUGAUAGGCUAUGUAAACGCCUCAGCAGAGAAAGCGGCAGAAGGCGUGAAGUAUGAAGCAGUGGCGUUGGAGGAAGGAAGUACGGAUGGACCUGCUGUCUCUAAGACAAUCAACACGGGAUCAUCACUGAGUGACGAAAUGAUAGAACGACAGCCUAAGCAUUGCCGUGUUUUGCAAGUGUCUACCGCUUUUGCGGGGCUCGCGGUCCUGACAUUGAUGGUGAUGGCACUUUGUAGUUCGUGCUCUUCUCUGAUCGCGUAUGCAGCGAUCAACACGACUCUGAACGAGAUGUUUGUUCACGCGUUCCAACCUUCCCUCACAUACGUGGACCCUGCAAAUGUCGAUGGCAAGCCAUCAUGGGCCGAAAAAUACGUCGACGCCUUAGAGUUGCAUGAGUUUUUUGGAAAGAGCACGCUGUACCGACGCACAUCAGGCUUUCACGGUGACCUCGCGUUCAAUGUCAGCGUCGACCCCGCCGAUCCACCGAAUGUGCUGAUCAUUGGAGUCGAGUCGUUUCGAUUUCGUGAUUCACGCUACCUGGUGGGAGAAGAAGACCCAUCGGAUUUGUUCAGAGGAACAAACAUGACGAUAACUCCGAACUUUGACAAAUGGGCAAGACGCGGUGUUGCUCUACGCAAUAUCUGGUCGAGUUAUCCUACUAGUCGCUCCUUGGAGAGCAUACUGUUUGCUCAGGUUCCUUAUCAAAGCAGUGAGAAGACAGGGGUCACAGGUGGAAGGAGGUUUACAGAGCUUUCAGGUGUGCCGCAGCUUUUUGCCGGAAAAGGAUACGAGACAUACUUCACCACAGGAUCUUCUAUCACCCUGGACGACUGGAACAUUUUCCUAAUGAGCCAUGGUUUCGGCACCGUGUGGGAAGUCAAUGAAAUGAAGGCGUUGUCAGAAAAGAAGCUCGGUAUUCGUCGUGAUGACUGGGACGGUGAAGCACACCGAGGAUUCUACUGGGGUGUGCACGACGACCUCAGUUUUCAACUUCUUGGAGAUUUGCUUGUUCAGAAGCAUAAAGAGCAGAGAGACAGGUUAGAUCAAGGAGAGCGAAAGCAGCCUUUGUUUUUGACGCACUACACUAUCUCGAGUCAUGGACCAUUUGAGUGGCCAAAGUGGUAUGAAGAUGUCGACAAGCCUGAUUUUUCCCAGUUGUACGAAGGAGAGAAGCACACUGAGCGCAUCGAUAGGUACAUGAAGGUGAGGUACUUUACCGAUGUGGAAUUAGGAAAGUUCAUGGACCGCAUGGAGAUGGAAGGUGUACUCAAUGACACUAUUGUUUUCAUCGUGGGGGACCAUGGUCAAGGGCCCGAAAACAAUUUCCCAAAUUCGAUUGAGGAAUCGAUGACGCGUGUGCCAGCUGCUAUCAUUGCCGAAGGCCGACUUGGUGAUGAUGUGGGGACUGUGAUCGAAGAUGCUGCAGAGCAUUAUGACAUUCUCAACACGCUUGCCGAUAUCACAGGAUUGCCAGAAGGAGGAUUGGAGCAAAAUGGCGUCGGGCGUUCUCUCAAGCGCAAGAUAUCUUUUGGUGAACGUGUGGUAUACAGCAACGACCCUUUGCGCAAGAUGGCGAUAGUACGUGGUCAUCAGCGCCUCCGCUAUGAUGAAGUAGGCGAGGUGAUGAUGCUGCAUGACACUGAAACUGACUACCACAUGACUACAAACUUGCUGCCCGGGCUGACUUCUGAGGAGCUGGCUGAAUGGAAGGCUUUGCGAGACGACGGUCGUCACAUUGCUACUUACUUCAAAAAGCGCUGGGACGAGGACUGUUUGCUUGCUGUCGAUUGCAACUCAUAA